AUGUCAGUGAUGGGCUCCUCUGAGCAGGGGGCUUCUGACCUGGGCAGCCCCCCGUUACCUGCCAGCUGCUUCACCCAGGUCUACAUGCCAGCGCCUGUCAGCAUCCCUGCUCCCCGGGGGGGGUAUCUCUAUGGCACCCCCCAGGGCCCCCAGCUCAGGACCCUCCGCUCGGCCUCGGCGGGACGGCUGCCGCUGGGGGGGGCAGCAGCUGGGACACAGGAGGGACGCCCUUGUCCAUUGUCCCUCGCUGAUUUCCUGGCCGUGACCGGCGAGGACCCCAGCCCCCCGGCCGCCGCCGCCUUCGCCUCCAAGAUGCAGAAGUGCCGGGGGGCGGUGGGGGCCCUGGAGGAGAGCCUGGAUGGGGACCAAGCUGUACUUCAGAGGAUCAGGAAAUAUGUGAAAGCCAUUCACAUCUCCGGGCUCACCCACGUGGAGAACGAGGAGCAGUACAGCGAAGCCCUGGAGAACUUUGGCAACAACCACCUCUCCCAGAACAACCAUGAGCUCUCCACCGGCUUCCUCAACCUGGCUGUCUUCACCCGCGAGGUCACCGCGCUCUUCAAGAACCUGGUGCAAAACCUGAAUAACAUCGUCUCCUUCCCACUGGACAGCCUGCUGAAGGGGCAGCUGAAGGACGGCCGCCUGGACUCCAAGAGGCAGAUCGAAAAGGCUUGGAAGGAUUACGAGACCAAAGUGGGGAAGAUGGAGAAGGAAAAGGAGCGAGCCCGCUUGGCAGGGGUCACCCAGGCCGAGCUGUCCACAGCGGAGAUGGCUGAGGACAUGCAGAAGGAGCGGCGGCUCUUCCAGCUCCACAUGUGCGAGUACCUGCUGAAAGCCAGUGAGUCUCAGAUGAAGCAGGGACCAGAUUUCCUGCAGAGCCUCAUCAAGUUUUUCCACGCUCAGCACAAUUUCUUCCAAGACGGCUGGAAGGCUGCCCAGAACCUCUACCCCUUCAUUGAGAAGCUUGCUGUGUCCCUCCAUGCGCUCCACCAAGCGCAAGAGGAGGAGGUGAAGCAGCUCACACAGACGCGCGAUUCCCUCCGCAGCAUCCUGCAGCUGGAGAGCAAGGAGGAAAACCUGAGCAGGAAGAACUCUGGCAGCGGCUACAGCAUCCACCAGCACCAAGGGAACAAGCAGUAUGGGACGGAGAAGUCGGGAUUUCUGUACAAGAAGAGCGAUGGGAUCCGCAAAGUCUGGCAGAAGAGGAAGUGUGGUGUGAAGUAUGGCUGUCUGACCAUCUCCCACAGUAUGAUAAACCGUCCCCCCGUCAAGCUGAACCUCCUCACCUGCCAAGUGCGACCCCACACCGAGGAGAAGAAAUGCUUCGACCUGGUGACGCACAACAGGACCUAUCACUUCCAAGCGGAGGACGAGCAGGAGUGCAUUGUGUGGGUCUCAGUGCUGCAGAACAGCAAGGACGAAGCCCUGAGCAACGCCUUCAAGGGGGAGCUCAACGGUGGUGGGGCAGCAGCGGGCAGCGGGGCAGACGGCAGCAUGCAGGAGCUCACCAAGCUGGUCAUCAGCGAGGUGAAGAACAUGCCGGGAAACAAGCAGUGUUGUGACUGCGGGGCACCGGACCCCACAUGGCUCUCCAUCAACCUGGGCAUCCUGACGUGCAUCGAGUGCUCCGGCAUCCAUCGGGAACUGGGCGUGCAUUACUCCCGCAUCCAGUCCCUCACACUGGACGUCCUCAGCACCUCCGAGUUGCUGCUGGCCGUCAGUAUCGGAAACACCCGCUUUAACGAGAUCAUGGAGGCCACACUGCUCACGCAGGACUGCCCCAAGCCCUCGGCUGGCAGUGAUAUGGCUGCUCGCAAGGAGUACAUCGUGGCCAAGUACAUGGAGCGACGCUAUGUGCAGAAAAGUGGCCGCAACGACCCCCACCGCCUCUGGGAAGCCAUUCGUGCCCGCGACCUCCUGGCCCUGCUGCAGGCCUUUGCUGAGGGACACGAUCUAGCCAAGCCCCUGUCCAGCCCCGAGGGCCAGGACCUGGGUGAGCUGGCGCUGCACAUGGCCGUGCGCCACGCGGACAGAUCGUCCCUUCCUCUGGUGGACUUCAUCAUCCAGAAUGGGGGGACGCUGGACCGGGUGACACAGGAUGGGAACACGGCUUUGCACUACAGUGCACUCUACAACCAGCCCAACUGCCUUAAGCUGCUCCUGAAGGGCAAAGCUGCCUUCACCACAGUGAACGCAGCGGGUGAGACGGCUUUGGACGUGGCUAGGAGGCUCAAGCACGUUGAAUGUGAAGAGCUGUUGGAACAGGUGCAGGCAGGGAAGCUCUCCCUGCAGAUCCACGUCGACUAUGACUGGGAGCCCCCCCAGGAGUUCCCCUAUGACAGUGAGGAUGAGCUGGAGGAGAAGGGGACAUUGCCACUGGCCACCAGCCCCCCACCUGCCUGCCCCCAGACCCGCUGGAGCUGCAUGGGGAUGGACAUCACCAACAAGACCUAUGAGAGCAUCCUGGUGCCCUCGCGCCCCAUGCCUCGCCGGGCCCAUAGCGAGGAGAUCCCCCCACCGCUGCCCCUCAAAAACCCCACGCGUGGCGGCUCCCGCCCCAAACCUGGCCACAGCCCCACCGAGCGCCCCGAGCUUCCCCGGCAGGCGUCAGAGCCGCACUUCCCCGGGCCGGUGGAGGCUCUGGCACCACGCAGCCUCCCCUCCACCGGCAGCACCGGCGCCUUGGAUGGCACUGCUGGCCCCCUGGCCCCUGGCACCUGCAGCCCCACCGAGAGCCGGCGGGCAGCGUACUGGGAGACCCGCUUGGAAAUGGAAAGCAGUGGCACCCGGUGGGGUCCGGAGCUGAGCCCCCUGCCCGGGCAACCCCCACCAGGCAGCACGGCCCCUGACAUCCCCCCUGUCAAGUUCAGCUCAGAGAGCACCCGCUCAUACCGGCGCAUCAGCGGCGUGGUGGGCAAAGCGGGGUCGGCCGUGUCCCCCCAGAGCCCUGGUGGCCCCGAGGACCCUGCGCUAAGCAAGGUGCCCCCUGUGCCCAUGCCGAGGAGAUUUGCUCCGGCCAAGGGGAGGCAGAAACGGGUGAAGGCGGUGGCUGACUGCAAGGGGGACAAAGCACGGGAGCUGACCUUCUCCAAGGGAGAGGUGAUCGUGGUGACACGGGAGGAGGACGAGCAGAGCUGGGUCGGCUUCAUCGAGGGCGAUGGCUCCCGCACUGGUGUCUUCCCAGCCAGCUUUGUCCACCUCUUGCAAGACUGA